AUGGAGGAACUUGUUAAAGGAUUGAGAGAGAGAAUAGAAGAAUUAGAAAGAAAUGAAGAGGAAAUGAAGCUAUUUAUUUCAAAGUUGACAAGUGAUAACUUGUCGCUUGUAACAGAUGCAGCUCAUGCAGCAGCUCUGAGAAAGCAACUAGAAAGUCUUUUAGCUGAUAAAAAUCUCAUUAAGUUGAAAGCCUAUACAUCAUCUGGUAUGGAUUUAGAGGCAGAUUCCAUUUUGGAAAAGAAAAAUCAAGAAUUGUUAGAACAUAUUCAAAAAAUAACAGCAGAAAGAGAUUCAUAUGCGCAAGAUGCAUCCGAAAAGAAGUUUUUUGAAGAGGAAAUUCAGAAAAAGAACAACGAAAUCAUCUCAUUAACGCAACAACUCUCUGUAUCUAAACAUAAUGUUGAAAUUCUUCAAGUCCAAUUGAAAUCUCAGUCAUUUGAUUCUGCAGAAAACCCAAUAGAGACAGAAACACAAAUUAACCAUUUAAACGAAGAAAUAUUACAAUUACGAGACUUACUUCAGAAAAAAGCUCAAGAACUUGGUGCUGCCCAAGCCCAGAAUAAAGAACUUACUCUCAAAAAUUCAAAAUUGCAAGAUCAAAUUCAUCAAAACGAAUUAAUGCUCUCUGUAUUGAGUUCAGAAAAUAAAAUGCUUUCUGGCGAAAAUUAUGACAAAAGCAUAGUAGAAAAUCACGCUCAGCACUUGGCAAAUAAAUAUUUGAAUGAUUUGUACGGAAAAGUCGAUAAUCUUGAAAAGAAAGCGUCAUCUUUGACAACAAAACUUCUUACUUUAUCUAACAUGCCAAUAUCAUCUCAUAAACAAGAGGAUUUGGACGAAAUUAAUGAUUUAAAGGAACAAUUAGCAGAAGCUGAAGAAAAAAUCCAAGAUUUUGAAGAAAAUGACUAUGCCCCAAAGUAUGCUGCAGCUAUGACUCGCAUUAAGGAAUUAGAAAGAAGACUUCAACAAUAUGAAAACUGA